AUGUUUUCUGAAACGAUGAGCUCAAAACUAAAGCGCGUUUGGAUCACAGGACCUUUGAUCAUUGGUGCUGGACCUUCGGGGCUAGCAGCAGCUGCUUGCCUUAAGCAGAAAGGUGUCCCCUUUUUGAUUCUUGAGAAAGAGAGCUGUCUAGGAUCUCUAUGGAAACGGAAAACAUAUGACCGUCUAAAACUUCACCUCCCAAAGGAAUUCUGUGAACUUCCUCAUAUGCCAUUCCCUCGAGAAUUUCCAGCAUAUCCAACAAAGCAACAAUUCGUAAGCUACUUGGAAGCUUAUGCUAAACAUUUCUCAAUCGAGCCAAUUUUUGGAGCAGAGGUUCAUUUGGCUAGGUAUGAUGCAGCCAUGGGGUUCUGGCAGGUGCAAACCAAUGAGUCUGAGUUUGUGUGCCGGUGGCUCAUUGUAGCAACCGGGGAAAAUGCAGAACCACUACUGCCAGAUGUUGCUGGACUCGCGGAGUUUGGAGGGAAAGUACUACAUAGUUGUGAAUACAAGAAUGGAGUUGAUUUUAGAGGAAGUAAGGUUUUGGUUGUGGGUUGUGGUAACUCAGGCAUGGAGGUUAGUUUGGAUCUAUGUAAUAGUGGAGCUCAAGUUUCUUUGGUCAUAAGAGAUAAGUUGCAUAUUUUGCCUAGAGAAGUGUUUGGUAGAUCUACCUUUGCUGUUUCGAUGUGUUUGCUAAAAUGGUUUCCCGUGAGAUUAGUUGAUUGGCUUCUCCUCCUCUGUUCACGGGUGAUUCUUGGAGACACGCGCCAAUUUGGUAUCAAAAGGCCUGAAAUCGGUCCCCUAGAGCUCAAGAAUACUAUCGGGAAAACCCCAGUUUUGGAUGUUGGAGCUGCUGCUAAAAUCCGGUCAUGUGAAAUCAAGGUGGCUGGUGGUAUUCGAAGAUUCACAACCAGAGGUGCAGAAUUUUUGGAUGGAAAAGAAGAGGAAUUUGACUCGAUAAUUCUAGCAACGGGUUAUAGAAGCAACGCAGCAUCAUGGCUAAUGGAGGAUGAUUUCUUCAACCAAAAAGAUGACUAUCCGAAAAGCUCAUUUCCAAAGAACUGGAAGGGCGAGAAUGGAGUGUACAGCGUCGGUUUUACCAGGAAGGGAUUGUUGGGAGUUUCGAUUGAUGCACAAAGAGUAGCAGAAGAUAUAGCAAGGCAAUGGUACUCUGAGAUGAAGCCCUUGUCUCUCAAAUUUUAGCCUAAAUGUAACAAAGGACAACAGUCAACUAAUAUUUUUUUCAGCUCACUGUUCUUCCUAUUUGGCCGAAAACUUAGUCUUGUUGUUAGCAGUGUGAUGUAGUAGACCUAGUUCUCAAAAUCGGAGCUAAGAUAUGGUAGUGGUAAAGUUUUUGUUGUGGCUUGCACAAUUUUAAGUGCAUGAGGUUGAUUCUUAGCUCUCUAUUAUUUGUCUCUUUUACAAUGACAAAAAUAGUACCGAAUCAUCAUCAGCCAGGACCGGCUUGAUUAUGUAUAUGAAAACGGAAUUAGAAUAU